ACUCAGUUUUCUGAUCGAGUUGAACCCAAACACAGUAGUCGUUGAUCGUUUUUCAUUCAAAGUCAAUUUUCAAAUUAAUAACUAGUCAGAAAAACUGUUCAAAUGGCUCUUCAAAAUCUUCCAUCGACGCUCCUAAGGAACAAUGCCCAGAUCCAGAAGCUGCUGGGAAGCCGAACGAUCUACCGGAUGAUAUUGCCCCGGAUUGGAAAACGCGAAGUGGUCGGUUGUGGCUGGAGCAACCUGCCGAUCUACGCGGAUCGGCUUGACUUUCCCUUGCCGGCCAUCCGUUUCCGGGAACCGAGCCCGGAAGUGAUGGCUCUUCGCGAAAAGGAAAAGGGCGACUGGAACAAAAUGUCAAUAGAGGACAAGAAAGCACUCUACCGGGCAUCCUUCUGCCAGACGUUCUCGGAAAUGAAACAUCCUACCGGUGAGUGGAAGCUGUGCGCCGGAGUCGUUUUGUUGUGUACUGCUGGCUCCCUGCUUCUGGGUCUCUUCAUGAGGGGCUUCGUUUACGAUCAAAUUCCGGAUACCUUUAGUGAGGAAAGGAGAAAGGCGCAGCUGAAGCGAAUUCUUACGCUGGAAAUCGACGGCAUAACCGGUCUUUCGUCAAAGUGGGACUACGAAAACAAAAAAUGGAAAUGAUUAUGAUGUCCUAUUUAUUAUUUUAGGAAAUUCUGUAGUUGAUAUUGUCCAAUGAAUCUUCAAUAAAAAUAGAGUUUAAAUA